UUAAUUUCCUGCGCCACCUAAACUGGCCUGGACCGGCACCCCAAUUUUCCAAACAGGAGCUUCCCAUCAGGCCUUACUUGGUAAAAAAUCCUUCAAGUAGCUUUCUAUGACGGGAAGAUGUGAAAUGCAUGACAAAUUAUACCAUUAGACUACUUCCACGUCUCUCCCUCUCUCUGUCUCUCUGCAAAAUGGUUUUACAUCUCUCUCCAAGCUUCUGCCUAUUCAUCAUCACCAUAAUCUUCAUCAUAGUCCAUGUUCCAGCAUCUGUGUCAGCCACUAAUGCGAAAUAUGAAAAUUGCAGCGCCCCUUUUCGCUGUGCAAACUUGGAGAAUGUUUCAUACCCCUUCUGGGGAGCGAGUAGGCCAGAGUAUUGCGGGCACCCGGGUUAUGAAUUGGACUGCCCUGGCGAGUUUGCGGCGGUUACCAUCUUGAAGAUAAACUACAGAGUGUUCGAAGUCAAUUACGCUUCUCGAACUCUCACUGUUGCUAGGGAAGAUUACCGGGAUAACAUUUGUCCCUCAAAGCUUGUAGACGGUUCUAUAGAUUUCAGCCUCUUUAAUUAUACUUCUGAUGCAGAAAACAUAACGCUGUACUAUCGUUGCCCUGCUCUGUUGGAAGAUAUUUCGGCCGAGCUGCUUCCCUUUCAGUUUAACUGCAGCUCGGCAGAUAAAAACACCUAUAAUUACUUUUCCAUAUGGGGCAGCGAUAGAGUCAAUAGUAGCAUGGCUGAAGCCAUUUGUAGUUACCUCAGCAGUUGUGAUACCAACGUUACGAUUCCGGUGGGACAAACAGCAUUUACGACCAUGGAGAGAAAUCCAACUUCGGUGAAUCUGAUGGAAGCUCUUAGGGAGGGUUUUGGGUUGCAAUGGUUCACAAAUGAUAGCUUGUGUGACCAAUGUCAAGGUUCAGGUGGGCUGUGUGGAUAUGACUCUGAUACUGGCAGUUUCACUUGCCAUUGUCCCGAUAAGUCUUAUCCAGCGCAUUGUCCCUCUAAAGGUGGAGGGGAAACGAAAGCAAAAUCUCUUAAAGCAGGAAUUAUAGCUAGUGUCGUGGGGAUUAUAAUUAUCCUCUCAAUGGUUGGCCUGGGGCUAUUGUGGAAGAAGAUAACAGAAGAUGAUCAAAGCACGGAGGCCAUUAUUAGAAAUUGCGGAUCGCAUGCUCCACAAAGAUAUAAAUUUUCUGAUGUUAGAAAUAUUACAAAAUCAUUCAGCGAGAAACUUGGUCAAGGAGGCUAUGGUAAUGUUUACAAAGGAAAACUGCCCGAUGGUCGUCUUGUGGCAGUGAAGAUCUUGAAGAAAUCUAAGGGCAAUGGAGAGGAGUUCAUCAACGAGGUGGCUAGCAUGAGUAGAACAUCCCAUGUAAAUAUAGUAAGUCUUCUGGGUUUUUGCUUUGAGAGGAAUAAAAGAGCUUUAAUCUAUGAAUUCAUGUGCAAUGGAUCUUUAAAUAAGUUUAUAUGUGAUGGAGAAUCUUCGACUACAAAUUGCAAUUUGGAGUGGAAAACACUAUAUCAAAUCGCAAUUGGCAUUGCCAGAGGACUAGAAUACUUGCACAGAGGUUGUGAUAUAAGAAUUGUGCAUUUUGAUAUAAAACCUCACAACAUUAUUUUAGAUGAGGACUUUUGUCCAAAAAUUUCUGAUUUUGGGCUGGCUAAACAAUCCAACCAGAAAAACAGUAUCAUGUCAAUGUUAAACACAAGAGGAACAGUAGAAUAUAUUGCACCAGAAAUGUUCUAUAGAACCUUUGAAGGAGUAUCUUACAAAUCUGAUGUCUACAGUUAUGGAAUGAUGAUUUUAGAAGUAGUUGGAGCAAGAAAGAAUAUUGGUUUCAGGGUAUCACACACAAGUGAAAUAUAUUUUCCAGAUUCAAUUUAUAACCUUCUUGAACUGGGUAACGAUUUUGGACUUCCAGGCAUUGUCACUGAAGAGGAAAAACAGACAGCAAGAAAGAUGAUACUGGUGAGCUUGUGGUGCAUUCAAACCAAUCCAUCUGAUAGACCAUCAAUGACCAAAGUUGUGGAGAUGUUGGAAGGUAGGCCAGAAAAUUUACAAAUUCCACCAAAACCUUAUUGGUCGUCCCCACCAAGAUCCCCCAAACUUUCUUUGCUGGCAUCUUCGUCAGCACAGCUUGCUUCAGAAUGUGAGUGAAAUGUAUUAAAUUUUGAAAACAGAAGAUGUGCCUUGAUCUGUACGUUUGGACAACGACAGUUGUUUUCUUUUAAUGCUAAUAUCAUAUUUAGUUUUUUAA